GCUGAUUAACCGCAGAGCUGGGCCCUCCUGCCGCCGUCUCUGCAAGAAAGAGGCAGCUCUGCAGGAAGUUCGCCCGGAGUCAAGUGCUAAUCGGACCAUGUGAUCGCUGUGCCCGAUUAGAGGCUUUGCAGCAGGAAAGAGACAGAGGUCUGGGCAAUACCCAGCCAACAGAACUAUCACCAGUUUUAGGGGUUUUACUUUCUAAAAAUGGGAAAGAAGCUCGACCUUUCCAGGUUAACAGAUGAAGAGGCCAAACAUGUUUGGGAAGUAGUUCAGCGGGACUUGGAUCUUCGCAAAAAAGAAGAAGAGCGUUUAGUGGAUCUGAAAUGCAAAAUUGAAAAAGAAAGCACUAAGCGGGAGCUAUUGUCCAAUCAAUCUCACCUCAACGAAACAUUUUGUAUCCAUUGCCUGCAACCCUUUAAGUUUCUAUUGAACAGCAAACACCAGUGCUUGCACUGUCACUUGUACAUAUGCAAAGGUUGUAGCCAGUACAACAAAAAGAAGCAAAGUUGGAUGUGUGAUCCAUGCCGCCUAGUGAGGAUUGUCAAAACUGGAUCACUGGAAUGGUAUUAUGAACAUGUCAGAACUCGUUUCAAGCAUUUUGGAAGUGCUAAGGUGAUGCGAUCUCUCUAUGGAAGGAUGUCGCAUGGACAGAAAACAAACUUUACUUUACUUGGUCUGAGUGGCAGAGUACAUAGCUUGCCAGAUGUCACCAGUGAUUAUCACUUGUACAGGAACAAUGAGAGUGAGGAAGGGGAAACAAGUGAUGAUGUGGAUGGAGCAGAAUCUGAGUCUUACGCCAGGAUGCGCAAGAAAAAGCGCCUACUUUCUGUACAUUCCUUUGAUUUUGAAACCGACUCAGAAUAUUCUUCCCAAUCUCGCCGUCAAUCUGUCCAGCUUUCUCCAUGUCCUGGGAAAGAAGACUUUCAGAGCACUGAAGAUUUUCCAAAUGGUGAGGAAGCCUCCAUGCAGAAGGACUCCAUGGUAGCAGAAGCAGACUUGGCUGCAGUUUUCCAUCAUAUCUUGCAAGAGCAAGGGAAGCACACGGCUCUUCCAGAACAGGAAUUCAGCACAGAAGUCCAGUUUAUAGGCAACUCACAUAACAAAAACCUGGAAACAAUCCCCAAGGCUGGCAGCCCAUGGAAUAUGCAGCCCCAACUCCAGUACUCAGCUAAGGUGGAUGAUGAAGAUGAAAAAGAGGCUCAAGAAACGUUCAUCUAUCAGCCACGGUACACAAAACACAGGAGCACAGCAUCUUCACAAGGAAAUGGAAAUCAGCCUCUAGAUAUUGAUUCCUACAUUGAUCGUAGCACAGAAGAGAAGGAACUGAGGAGAAAAUUAGAAGAAUUGACAAGUAGCAUAACUGAAAAAGUUGUUUCUAUUGAUGAAGAAAAUGCAGGAAAGAAGACUGAAGAAUCCAAACCAGAAAUGGACUCAUCCAGUGAUGACCUUCCUCCUGAUGCGAAGAAGGUGCCUGCUCCUAUGGAGAUCAUCUAUGGAUUGCAGAAAAGACGAAGAGAGUUGGAGGACCAAAACCAUCACAGUGCAACAACAGAUUCAGAACUGUCAGAGUUGGAAGACAAAGUGGCUUUUUCUGUGGCUGAAUUACAACACAGAGAGACUGAGGUGUCUGAUAUAGAAUCUCGGAUCGCUGCACUGAGUGCUGCUGGGUUGACAGUUAAACCAGUGGAAAGGUCUAAGAAGAAAAGAGGCAUCCAGGUCAUGUCUGUGUCCCAUGUGUUGAGGAAGAAAUUCAGUAUUUCCCAUGAAACUGCAAGCAAUGAUGAAUCCUUUUCUCGGAACUCCUAUUACAGAGGAUCAUUGACCCAACGAAAUCCAAAUGGAAGAAACAGAAAAAUAGAUCACAUCUUCAUGAAACCUGUGAUGACCCAUCGUUCCUGAAAACAGUGGACUCUUCUAAGAUCAAUAUUGCAAAAUCCUGGCUCAAGUUUUUAUUUUUGUUGCUUUUUUCUCUUUUACCAGUCUAUUUGUUCUAUGAAAGAAGGAAAAGAAACAAAUUAUAUCUGAACAGAAAUCUCUGAGGAAGAAUCCUAUGACAUUUGAGCUCUAACUUAUCUAGCAGAGCAGCAGGUCUCAAUGUAUGUUAUGGAAUCCCUUCCUCAGCUUCUUCACUUAUCUUAAAUAUAUAUCCAGGUGGAUUAAAGACACGUUUUCUAGGCCACUAAGCUUGUAGUUUAGCUGUAUGGGACCCAUAUAUACAUUUUGUAUUUUCAGUGUUGGAACUGCCCAAGAUUCAUGUCCUGCUGCUAUUACUAAAUCAUUGGAUGGUAAGGAGAAGGGUUUGAUUUACUUUACAAUGUAGAAAAAUCAAUAAUUCCUGAAGGUAGCUUGCACUUUUUGAAUUAAAUCGUCAUGAUCUAUUUGUAAAAAAAAAAAGAUUCAGAAAGACUUCGUAAGACUAAUUCAUUAGCAUAAUAAAUAGAGGGAAACAAUUUUGUCUUGUACAAACUUAAUUCUGUUGACCACUGAAUUAUAACCCCUGGAAAUUUAUGCCAUGGUAACUAUAGACUUCCCACAUUUUAUGCUAGGAUUAUGUGUCCGCAAAAUUUUGCAUAAAGAAUGAGACACUGAACCAGUGGGAAAAGAGGAUUGUUGAGUAUGGUAUCAAAUUGUAUAACGCAAAUGCAUGAGUAAGGAAGAUGACCUUGUCAAAGAUUUGCAGGAUCUGUUGCCUAGGAAAAAGGGCUAAAGCAUUUUUAAAGUCCAGAAAAAGAUAGCAUUAGAAAAUGACCCAAGCAGACAUCUUCAUAAUUCAAGGAGGAGGAGGCACAAUGCAAUCAGACUUGCAAGAUUCUGUUACUACAGCCAAUUUCAAUAAAAAAAUAGUUCUAGCCUUUCAGUGAACUUGAUUUCCUGGUUUGGCUUACCUAGUAGGGCUGACAUGCACUGACAAAUGUUCUCAUAAACAUUUAAAGCCUUCUUCUUAAGUAUCACAUUACUUAAAAGUGUUUUCUUUCUAUGUGCAAUGGAAGCAUAAUCUCCAUUUUUCUUAUAGCUGGAUUUCAUGGUAAACCAAGGGGUCGAAUGCAUUACAAUUUUUGCUAGCAUUUUUCAUCAUUUUAUACACAGUAGAUUUUCCCAGGUUAAAAGCUUGUCCUGGGACUUCACCCAUUUCAGGGCAACAUAAUACAGAUAGUCCUUGAGGUACGACAGGCCACAGUGAACGUUCGAAGUUACAACAAACACCCCAAAACCAGUGGUGGGAUUAAAAAAUUUUUACUACCAGUUCUGUGGGCAUAGCUUGGUGGGCGUGGCAGGAGAAGGAUACUAUAAAAUCUCCAGUCAGAGGUGGUAUUUGCCAGUUCUCCAAACUACUCACAAUUUCUGCUACCUGUUCUCCAGAACUGGUCAGAACCUGCUGAAUACCACUUCUGCCCAAAACUAUAUAUGACCCUUUGUCAAAGUUACAGUGGCUGCAGCAAUCCCAUAAUCAUUCAUCCUUAUGGAAACAUAAUGGGGAUGCUUCAGUGCCUCUCUUCAUAUUGUAUUUUAAAUCUAGAACUAUGUUUUCAAACUCUAAAAUUUGAAUUUCUAUGCAAGUUGUGUGUACCAUCAUGGUGUCUUUCACAUAUAACUUCAAACUUUGUGUCAUGUAAGAGCACAGACCUUCAGAAAAUUAAGAUAUUACUGAUUUCUCUGAA